UUUGUUUUGUGUUUGGAAGGAUGCACGGUUAGCUAAAAAAUUCCACCCCGCCUGCUUCCUCUUCGGCUCCCUCUCCCUCUCGCUCUCCCUCUUUUGCAAACAAGAAAAGAAUACAAAAAUAUAAAUAAAGAUAAAAGAAUCCAGAAACAAACACAUAAACGAAUCCUCUAAAGAAUCAAAAACCCAUUUUACAGAGAUUAAUUUUUUAUAUAAAUACACACCCAAUACAUAUCUCGUUCUCUGUUUCUUGUUUCUUGUUUCAUGCUCUGCCUGCCCUAGAUCUUGAUAUACUUUUGAUUCUUGAAUCUUCGAAAUCCCAAGAUUUUAAGAUCUCUUUCAUUUACAUCAGUCAGCUCAAUUCCUCAGGUUGGACCAGCGAGGUCGUCGAUUUGGGUUGACUUUUUUCUUUUUUUUUUUUUAUCACAAGUUCCUCCUUAUGGAUAGAAAUUGUUGAAAGAAGCUGCGUUUGGUUUGAGUAGUUAGGCAAAUCCCGAACUUUGCAUUUUCUUUUUUCAAUUCAUGCUACCCGUUUUGAAUAAGUUGAGAAAGUGUUGCUAUUGAGCCGUUUGAUUACCCAUGAAAAUAAAAGGUCACAUUACAUAGAUCAGUUGAAGAAUCUGUCUUUGGUUCUCGAAUACUAAUUCAUUUUUGAGAGAAAACUGGAAAAAAAAUGAGUCACAUGAAUAUAAAGCUGUGGUGUUUGUGCUAGAUGAAGGCAGGUCAGGCGUGGCGACUAGGCAACAUGGGUGAUAUGCAGAUCUUGCCUGGGGCUCGCCACCGCCCUCCUUUGAAGAGGCCGAUAUGGAUAAUUUUCUUGGUUUCGUUAGUCAGCCUUUUUCUAGUUUGUGCUUAUAUAUAUCCACCACGCGGCAAUGCUGCUUGUUACGUAUUUUCUUCUAGAGGUUGCAAGGCUCUUACUGAUUGGCUUCCUCCCGCUCCUGCAAGGGAAUUAACUGAUGAGGAGAUUGCAUCACGGGUUGUGUUUAGGGAUAUUUUGAAUACACCUCCUGUUCAAUCUAAGAAUUCUAAAAUUGCAUUCAUGUUCUUAACUCCAAGUUCACUACCUUUUGAGAAGCUUUGGGAUAUGUUCUUCCGUGGGCAUGAGGGCAAAUUUUCUGUUUAUGUCCAUGCAUCAAAAGGAAAACCAGUGCACGUGAGUCGUUACUUUCUUAACCGGGAAAUUCGCAGUGAUGAGGUUGUAUGGGGGAAAAUUUCAAUGGUUGAUGCAGAGAGACGAUUAUUGGUACAUGCUCUAAAAGAUCCUGAUAACCAACAUUUUCUGUUACUUUCUGAGAGUUGUGUUCCGUUGCAUAAUUUUGACUAUGUCUACAACUAUCUGAUGCAUGCCAAUAUGAGUUUUGUUGAUUGCUUUGUGGAUCCUGGACCACACGGAAAUGGCAGGUAUUCGGAGCACAUGUUACCUGAAGUAGAAAAGAAAGACUUCAGAAAGGGUGCGCAGUGGUUCUCCAUGAGACGGCAGCAUGCUCUGAUAGUUAUUGCUGACAAUCUUUACUACUCUAGGUUCCGGGAUUACUGCAAGCCAGGUUUGGAUGGCAAAAAUUGCAUUGCUGAUGAGCAUUACUUGCCAACCUUUUUCCAGAUGAUUGAUCCUGGAGGUAUUGCAAACUGGUCAGUAACACAUGUUGACUGGUCUGAGAGAAAGUGGCAUCCUAAAUCAUAUAGGGCUCAGGAUGUUACGGAUGAGCUUCUGAAGAAUAUUACGUCGAUUGAUUUGAGUGUCCAUGUAACAAGUGAUGAAAAGAGUGAAGAGCAGGUACAGUCUUGCCUGUGGAAUGGUAUCAGACGGCCGUGCUACCUAUUUGCAAGGAAAUUCUAUCCAGAAACCGUAGAUAAAUUGAUGAUGCUCCUCAAUUUUUGACUCUGAAUUUUUUGGUCAGAUAGUUUUUACUCGAUCCCUUCACUCCAUCCUGGGGUCACAUAUAUAGAUUACACAGUUGUAAAUGGCCGCUUUUCCAACCACAAUUCUUGAGUGCUAGGGCAAACUGGAAGAGCAGUUAGGAUUGAUUUGAGUGAGGUUGGAGGCUAACGAGUUGUUAGUGUUGCUUCCUUCCAGAUGGGUAAUUUCUUGUCCAUUUUUUCCCCCACAUUUGUGCUAUCCAAACAUUAAUAUAUAUGUGAAAGAAUAUUGGGGGAUUCAUUUUUUGUUUCUUUCUUUUGUAAAAGGUUGAAAAACAAAGACUAAUGCACUCUUUUCAGGAAAUAUGAGGCUUUAAUUGUUAAAAUCCGUUAGUUGAGAGUCCA